AUGUGUAUAUAUGAAACGUUUAUACUCGAGGUAAAACGUCCGGACAACGAUUACUUCCUGGACUUCGGAGUUGAGUUGAGUUUUGGUGAGAAUGAUGGCGAUCGGUGCUAUGCGGUGCAAAGCGGAGAAUUUGAGAUUAGCAUUGAUGAGGUUAAUGUUAAAACGUUGGGGAAAGGGAGUACCUUUGGAGAGCUCGCCAUGUUAUAUAAUGUGAAGAGGACGGCAACAGUGAAGUGCAAGCAAACUGGAGUGUUGUGGGAAAUAUAUGGGCGAACUUUCAAGAAGGUGAUGAAGUUACUGCAAGGCAGGAGCUUGGCACAUGUAGUCAAGUUCUUCAGCGACGAGCCAGACUUUGCCACUCUGAGUGACGCUGAUAAGAAGUCCUUGGCAUCUAUUUGUUCUGUGCAGAAAUUUGAUGACAAUAAGCAAAUACUGCGACGGGAUGAUCCUGGGGAUUGGCUGCUCAUAAUUCAGUCUGGGAGGGUACGAAGCCAAUACGGAGAGGGAAGUGAGCUCAUGCUGGAGCCUGGGAGUGUUUGUGGCGGAGUUAGUCUUAUGCAUAAUUGGAAGAAUUAUCAUAAUUCCCGAGCUGAUGGGAAUGUUGUAUGUCUGGCGCUGGCGAGAAACGGUUUGGCGAAGUUGAAUUCCAAUAUAAAGGAAGUACUGAAGAGAGCCUCUAAGAAGGGCGUGCUGAAGAAUCUUGAUUUCUAUGAGAAACUCGAUCGGGAACAGCAAAACUACUUAGUAGACGUUGUUGAGGAAUGUGAGUGUGUUGUAGCAGGGCGUCGUCCAGCUCUCGGAAAUAACGUUCCUAGGAUCCCGCGGAGAAUCAUUACAAAAAAGGAGAAAUGGUGGUCAAAGGGAAAGGCGGAGUUGCGACCAGCUGCCUCACAUAAUGGAAACUCCUCUAGAGAGGUUACUGCUGGUUGCUGUGUGGGUGAGGAGGAGUUUUUGGACAACCGCAAAAUUGAUUUUAUGUUGACUGCCACCAGUGCUCAUGGAUUACACGUAUUUGCGAUAAAGAGCGCGGCCUUUCUGGAAAAGCUAAGGAAUAGUUUUAAUAUGGUUCACCCAUUGUACGAUGUGUCGUCAUCUUCCCCUGCUGGGAGGCCGCCUUGCGUGCGACGCUAUCUUGAAUGGAACGAAAUCCGAUCGAUAUUGCAGGAAAUAUAUUUAUUUAAGACUCUCACGAAAGAGCAGCUCUCGAGAGUGGUGAUGAACAUGUCGAAGCAAAGUUUUGAUGCUUUUGCAAAAAUCUGCACAUUUGGCGAUUCGUCUGAUAAUUUUUAUCUGAUCGGAAAAGGAAGUGUGUCGGUGGAAAUACCCGGGAAGGGGGUAGUUCGUACAUUAUCAAGAUGGGAAUAUUUUGGUGAGCGCGGGUUGUUAUUUGAGAUUCCUAGAAGUGCUACUAUAACAGCAGCUGAGCCAACGACGUGUUUGAUGUUACAAAAACAGGUUUUUCUGGAUAUCGUCGGUCCGUUUAGACAGUCUCUGGUGAAUCGGAUCGAACUACAGGACGAGACUGUUAAAAAGGACGAUUUGGAGCCUGUCGCCGUUGUUGGUUACGGAACUUUUGGAAGAGUUUUUCUGGUGAGAAAUAGGAAAAGUCCCGAAAAAGAGUAUGCAUUGAAAGCGGUGUCGAAGAAACAUGUGGUUGCGAUGCAGCAGGAAAAUUCGAUCAAUAUUGAGAGGAAAAUAUUACUUCAACUGUAUCACCCCUGCAUAGUGCAGUUUGUGAAAACUUUUCAAGAUGAGAAAAAUGUAUAUUUUUUAACGGAAUUUUUGGGAGGUGGUGACUUAUUCAAUGCUAUUCGCGAGAUUGGGAACCUGAGCGAAUUCCAAGCCCGUUAUUAUUCGGCGAGUAUAAUAUUGGCGAUCGAAUACCUGCACGAAAAAGGAAUAAUGUAUCGAGAUUUGAAGCCAGAGAAUUUACUGUUGGAUUUUGACGGCUGUGUGAAGUUGGUUGACUUCGGCUGUUGCAAGCAGGCGUCGAGGUCGUACACUCUUAUGGGAACUCCAGAGUAUAUAGCACCAGAAGUGAUACUAGGACGGAGUUAUACGGAUUGCAUUGAUUGGUGGUCGACUGGUGUUUGUAUGUAUGAGUUUAUAUGUGGACCUUUGCCGUUUGGUGGUGACACUGACGAUCAGCUGGAGUUGUUUCGGCAGAUCAUCGAAGCACCAUUAAGGUUUCCGUCGUGGUUGCGGGAUCAAAACGCGAAGUCUAUUAUCACAGGGUUGAUGCAAAAAAAUCCUGAGGAGAGGCUUGGCGGAGGCGUCUCGGGAGCUAAGGAGAUAAAGCGACAUCCGUACUUCAAGAAAUUUGAUUUCGACGGGCUCUUAUCGCGGAGUGUGAAGUCGCAGUGGGUGCCCGAUAGAGAGCAAACGAUGAAGCAGUGGAUAGAUGCAACUGAUCCUGGGCUGUUGAGUUUGGAAAACUCAGGAGAGGAAAUGGCGGAUGGUUGUGUGAGCAUGGACUGGGCUAAGGACUUCUGAUGAUGCUACUACUACUACUACUACUACUACUACUACUACUACUACUACUACUACUACUACUACUACUACUACUACUACUACUACUACUACUACUACUGUUAGUUUGUAGUUAACUACGUCUGGUGGCUGUGUCCCUUUAGACGUAGUUUGCU